UAAACGAAAAAGCGCGCGUAAAUAACACGAUUUAACGAUUCCCUUCGAGAACGGUAUUCUCGUUCGAAUAAUCCUGGGAUAAUUUUCGACAAGAAAAAAUUCGUCGACGGCCAGUGACGCGGGAAUGGGUUUAACGGAUACCAGUUUCGAGUUACUUUUAACCCUGUGGCGGGUUCUCGUCGUAGGAGUCGUGUGGACCGAAGAGAUCCACGAUCAGUGUCGUGGUGUCUUGCCGAGCCACAGCAUCGCCGGUCUCGUUUGUUAAUUGUUUUGGCCACGUUCUUUGGAUUGUCCUGUUGCAGGAAAACGAGACAUGUCGUCGAGAGUGGUGAAAAAUCCUCCAAAAUUGAACGGAAGCGUGGACGGCAGAGAGACUUGGUCUGGCAAGGUUGACUUCCUCUUGUCAGUCAUCGGAUUUGCAGUUGAUCUUGCCAACGUCUGGAGAUUUCCCUACCUGUGUUACAAAAAUGGCGGUGGGGCUUUUUUGGUUCCGUAUUGCAUAAUGUUGGUGGUAGGAGGAAUUCCACUUUUUUACAUGGAACUCGCGCUGGGGCAGUUCAAUCGUAAGGGCGCUAUCACUUGUUGGGGUCGUUUAGUGCCACUUCUAAAAGGAAUCGGAUAUGCAGUGGCCCUAAUAGCAUUCUACGUGGACUUCUACUACAACGUGAUCAUCGCCUGGGCACUGAGGUACUUCUUCGCCUCGUUCUCCAGCCUGUUGCCAUGGACCACUUGCGACAACCCUUGGAACACGCCACAUUGUCGAGCAUUCGACGCAAAUAUUUCUUACACUUUCGACGAGACGUCUCCUAUCGAUCCGAGUGAUAACUCGUCGCUGAUCGAUGAACGAUUUGAUAGAAAUUUGAAUCAGGGAUACAACAGCACGUGGUACACGAGCGCUGCGCAAGAGUAUUUCAACCGAGCGAUUCUAGAACUCCACGAAAGCGAAGGUUUACACGAUCUCGGGGCAAUUAAAUGGGACAUUGCGAUGUGCUUGCUGGUGGUCUACUUGAUCUGUUACUUUUCCUUGUGGAAAGGCAUUUCUACCUCAGGCAAAGUGGUUUGGUUCACUGCUCUCUUUCCGUAUGCUGUCCUCCUCAUUCUGUUGAUACGAGGAGUCACAUUGCCGGGAAGUCUCGAAGGAAUACGCUACUACCUCAAUCCAAAUUUCUCAGCCAUCACAAAAGCAGAGGUGUGGGUAGACGCUGCCACGCAGGUGUUCUUCUCCCUAGGACCUGGCUUCGGAGUGCUUCUGGCUUAUGCGAGUUAUAACAAAUACCACAACAACGUUUACAAGGACGCUUUAUUGACCAGCUUAAUCAACAGCGCAACGUCCUUUGUCGCAGGAUUUGUGAUCUUUUCUGUGUUAGGAUACAUGGCCCGAGCAAGUGGUAAAUCCAUUCAGGAUGUGGCAACUGAAGGACCUGGUCUAGUGUUUAUUGUUUACCCUGCUGCUAUCGCUACUAUGCCUGGAUCCAUGUUUUGGGCACUCAUCUUCUUUAUGAUGUUACUUACUCUGGGAUUGGAUAGUUCGUUCGGAGGAUCUGAAGCAAUAAUAACCGCGCUCAGCGACGAGUUUCCAAUUAUUGGCAAUAAUCGAGAAAUUUUCGUCGCUUCACUCUUCACGUUAUAUUUCGUUGUUGGUUUGGCUUCGUGUUCUCAGGGUGGUUUCUACUUCUUCCACCUGUUGGAUCGCUACGCUGCCGGUUAUUCGAUGCUGUUCGCAGUUUUGGCAGAAUCGAUCGCCGUCAGUUGGAUCUACGGAACCGAUAGAUUCUGUGCAGAUAUCAAAGACAUGAUUGGAUUCUCGCCCGGAAUCUAUUGGCGGGUUUGCUGGAAGUUCGUCGCGCCGAUAUUCCUCAUGUUCAUUAUCGUUUAUGGUUUAAUGGGUUACGAACCACUGACUUACGAGGAUUACGUGUACCCCGUCUGGGCAAACGUAUUAGGCUGGUUAAUUGCGACUUCCUCAAUUGCCAUGAUACCAGGAAUUGCAAUUUACAAGAUCAUCGUCACGCCAGGCAGUUUCAUUCAGAGACUGAAAAUUCUCACCACUCCCUGGAGGGACACUCAACAAAGAAACGCAGACUUCUUGUCCUCCGUAGCAAACGGCGCGGUUCGUCGCAGCCUAAUCGUGGAUCAAGACAUCAACCUGUCCAAGGAACAACAGGAACUGACCAAGGAACAAACAGAAGUUAUGAUCCAAUCCAGGGAGGGUAUUAACGGAGAUCCACCUCCGGAACCAGUCUAGGACAGUGCGGUUGUGAUUUUGCACGGUGCCCGGUUCCAAGUAUAUCUUUGCUAACAUUCCCUCGUUUGGAUCCAGUUUUAUGCAAG